ACGCCCGAUGCCUCCUCGUCUUGGCGGGACGGCAUAUCUGAUUUCAUCAUUUCCAUUUCUUAUUCAAAAAAUCCAUAUAUAUGAUAACAUUGAUGAGGACGAAAGCAGAAAUUAGGGCAGAUCCUGACCGUCAAAGCUCAUCAUCGCCGUCAACCAUGUUGACCGGACGAGAGAGCUUGAUCCGAUUGAUCGGGAAACGGAGGAGGUUCCUCCCCAACCGUCAAUCUCUUCUCUCAGCUCCAAUCGAGAGUACCUUGUCUCUCAGCGGAGAUGAAAAUGGCGGAAUGUUGGAGCGAACAGCGGGCGUUUCGGGUGAAACGACGUCGUCUAAGGUUGAUUGGGUUCCUUGCCCUGUUUGUGGAAGCACUAUUCGCGGUGAAGAUUACAUGAUAAAUUCUCAUCUAGAUGCAUGUCUAGCUAGAGGAACCAAGCGGAAGUUGACCCAACGCACUCUUCUUCAAUUAAACUUCUGCUCAAGAUCAAUGGAUAAACUUGACUCCGGUGAAUCAAAACACUUGGAGAACAGUGGGGUUCUGAAGGCUCCUGAUAACAAUCUUGUACGGAGUACCACUCCUAAAUUUUCCUAUUUGGGUGCAUUUGAGGAAAAUGAUAAUAAACAAUUCAAAUUGGACAUUCACUUAGAUUCUGUCAUGCGUAAUUACAUAGAUAGUUCAGCCGAAAAUUUAAUCAAUGAUGAUACGACCAGCUAUGAUACCAGUUCCAAUUCCCCUUCAUUGCUCCCUAAAGAUGAGAUGCCUAAACAUGAUAUAACUGUAGCUAUGGACAACCUAUCUGGGGUGACUCUUGAAACUUUUAUUGUUGGUCGCAAGUUUAGUGAUGAAGAGGAGUUAAAUAUUGGGGCUAGCAUCUCUCUUCUGAGAGACCCUGAUAAUGUUAAGGACCCCAAUGCUAUUAAGGUCCUUUCUACAGCUUCAGGAUGCAGUAAAGUGCUUGGUUUUCUUCCUCGAGAGUUAGCUCAAUACCUCUCUCCCUUGAUUGAGAAAUACUGCAUGAACUUUGAGGGAUGUGUUACUUCUGUUCCAAAACAUUCUCUUGAUGUUGUUCCGAUCCAGAUUGUGAACCAAAUAAUGAUACCAUGUGGUGAAAAAGAAUUUGAUGAUCUAGAGGCUUUCAGAUUCUUAUGGAAACGUGUUCUUCAGACUGUUGAGUCUGCAAAAACUUGUCCACCCAGCAUUGCAAAAUAUCAGCGGAACUUUUGUUUUUUAAUUCAGGAGGUUUUAGCAAGUAAUCCACACCUCUUCACAGAUGACGAGAAAAUCUUCCUGGGAUCUUUCACUUCACUCUCAGAUGACUGUCAGAGAAUUUUUGUUCGAUUAUAUACAAGAAAAGGGCCAUGGUUUCGGAUGUGUAAUAUUUCCUACCCAGAAGUAUUGGAUUCUAAACAAGCUGUCAGGGGACUUUCUGAUGCAGGUUAUAUUUGUUCCUCUCAGUCCAUGAUUGAGCCACAUGAUAAUGGUGACAUGAAGGAGGUUUUGAAUUUGCUCACUGUUUCUGAGCUACGUGAAAUUUCAUCUGCAGUCAUGAAGCUUCAGCAUUGCCAUCAUGGUACAAGAAAGCAGGAUCUUAUUGCCUCACUUCUUUCUUCUUAUGAAGAUGGAUUAUGCCCACUCCUACAAAGAGCAAUUUUGAACAAAACAGGAACGUGUGUUCGGAUUUCUUGUAAAGCCGAGUCCCUUGUCUGGCGUGCUCUGAGGCUCUUCUUCCUUAAUGGAGAGCAGGAUCUAUCAGCAUUUCUACUAGUUGAUUUGGGAAUAGUCAAGUAUCCAACUUAUAACUGCAUAAUUUCUGAUCAGAUCUUCCCAGGCUUGAAUGAUCUGCUUGCUUAUGAAGAGGCCAUUGAAGUUGCACAAAUAAUGGAUGAAGCUCUUGAUGACAAGAACAGUGGAUUGGUGUUAAGAUGCAUUAGUAUAUCCAACUCCCGCCUAUUCAUUUCCUGUUCAAAGUCAACUCAAUCUUCAGCUUCUGAAUCAGCAGCUACAUUCCUUUCAUGCCUUUCAGCAUCAUGGGUAUACUCGAAAGUGGUCUUGUUGGGAAUUUCCUUUCUCGAGCGUGAGCGCAGGUACGAUGAUGCAGUACAUUUACUGAAGCGUCUGCUGGAUGGUUUUACUUGCGAUGGAAGAAGAGGAUAUUGGACCUUGAGGUUGUCAGUUGAUUUGGAGCAUUUAGGACGUCUCAAUGAGAGCCUUUCAGUUGCUGAAGAUGGAUUGCUAGAUCCAUGGGUUCGUGCUGGUUCAAGAAUGGCACUACAAAGGCGAGUUCUUCGCUUGGGAAAACCACCAAGGCGCUGGAAAACUCCUUGCUAUUCAGAGGCCAUCAAGAGGAAGAUCAUUGAAGUUCAUGUUCAAGGUAGACCUUUGAAUUGUGAAACUGGGAUGAAAAGCCGUUUUUAUGGUGAAGAUGGAGAGCAAUGUGGAGUAGAGCAACUUGCUCUGCAGUAUUAUGCUGGGGAAGGAGGUGGUUGGCAGGGUGUUCAUACAGAGAGUGGCAUUUGGUUGACCAUAUUUGGCCUUCUGAUGUGGGAUAUUAUUUUUGCUGAUGUACCAAAUGUCUUCCACACCAGGUUUCAGACUGCUCCACUGGAUUUGGAGACACAGAACUUUUAUGUAAUGAGGAAGAGUCUCAUAGAAUCCCACCUGGAGAAAAUUAAUAGCGACAUGGCUGAGGAAAUCCUCAUCACUUCAUGGGAAUCGCAUGUUGGAGUAGCUUGCAGAGGAGUCAAUUGGGAUCGUCAUUCCUUGUCUGAGCUUCGUGCAGCUGUUACUUGCAUUGGGGGCCCUUGUUUGGCCUCCAUCUGCCGACAUUUGGCUCAAGAUUAUCGGAGCUGGUCCAGUGGAAUGCCAGACCUGUUGCUAUGGCGCUUCCAUGAAGAUUACAAAGGUGAAGCCAAGCUAGUUGAAGUCAAAGGCCCCAGAGAUCGACUCUCUGAACAGCAGCGAGCAUGGCUGCUGCUUUUAAUGGACUAUGGCUUCAAUGUAGAGGUGUGCAAAGUGGGCCCUGCAUCCAAAUGACGUCAUGUUCUGCAAAUAAACUUCAUAGCAAAUUCUUUGCGAAAUCGUGAACAGUGAGUAUAUUCUGAAGUCGUAGAGGUGUGUCAGUAUCACAGCACGCUGUCGACCUUAAAAAAGAAGCCAGGUCAAGUAGCAGCAGAUGACAGAAAUUCACUUGGCUGUAAACUAUGUUCACCUUCAGCCUCCUGGAAGUUCAAAUUCCUUUCUGAGGCUCUGCUUGUUGUAAUGGAUGCCAAUUUGGUGUGUAAACUAUUUGUAUGGAGCCACAUGAAGGGGCUUAUGUGUUACUGUAGAGGAAACUUUUCUUCGAAAGGAAGACUCGACCACAUUUUUCCAACACUGUUAUAUUAUAUAUUCUUUGUUAAGAAAACAUCUCCAUUGUACGGAUAAUUAGCCCA